AUGUCUCAAGCAUCUUUUAAAUUAGCUUCUGAAUUACCUGCUUGGAAAGAAUUACAAAAUUUAUAUAAAACGCAAGGUGAAAAAUUAAUUGUAAAACAAGAAUUUACAAAAGAUCCAAAAAGAUUUGAUGAAUUUUCAAGAAUUUUCACUAAUUAUGAUGGUUCAAAGAUUUUGUUUGAUUAUUCAAAAAAUUUAAUUAAUAAAGAUAUUUUAGAUGAAUUAAUCGAAUUAGCUAAAGAAGCAAAUGUCGAAAAAUUAAGAGAUGAAAUGUUUAAAGGAGAUCAUAUUAAUACUACUGAAGAUAGAGCUGUUUAUCAUGUAGCUUUAAGAAAUAGAUCAAAUAGAAAAAUGGAGGUUGAUGGUAAAGAUGUUACAAAAGAAAUUAAUGAAGUUUUGGAACAUAUGAAGGAAUUUUCAGAUGGUGUUAGAGAUGGUUCUUGGAAAGGUUAUACUGGUAAAAAAAUUACUGAUGUUGUUAAUAUUGGUAUUGGUGGUUCUGAUUUAGGUCCAGUUAUGGUUACUGAAGCUUUAAAACAUUAUAAACAACCAGGUUUAAAUGUUUAUUUUGUUUCAAAUGUUGAUGGUACUCAUAUUGCUGAAACUUUAAAAGGUUUAAAUCAAGAAACUACUUUAUUUUUAAUUGCUUCAAAAACUUUUACUACUGCAGAAACUAAAACAAAUGCAAAUUCAGCUAAAAAUUGGUUUUUAAAAACAGCUAAAACUGAGGAUAUUGCAAAACAUUUUGUUGCUUUAUCAACCAAUGAAAAAGAAGUUGAAGCUUUUGGUAUCGAUCCAAAAAAUAUGUUUGGUUUUGAAAGUUGGGUUGGUGGUAGAUAUUCUGUAUGGUCUGCUAUUGGUUUAUCAAUUGCAAUUGACAUUGGUUUUACUAAUUUUGAAAACUUUUUAAAAGGUGCUGAAGCUGUUGAUCAACAUUUCUUAAAUACUCCAUUAAAAGAUAAUAUUCCAGUUUUAGGUGGUCUAAUUUCAGUUUGGUACAAUAAUUUCUUUGGUGCUCAAACUCAUUUAGUUGCACCAUUUGAUCAAUAUUUACAUAGAUUUCCAGCCUACCUUCAGCAACUUUCAAUGGAAUCAAAUGGUAAAUCAGUUACAAGAGCAAAUGUUUUUACAAAUUACCAAACUGGUACAAUUUUAUUUGGUGAACCGGCUACAAAUGCUCAGCAUUCAUUUUUCCAAUUAGUACAUCAAGGUACUAAGUUAAUACCUACUGAUUUUAUCUUGGCUGCUCAAUCACAAAAUCCAAUUGAAAAUAAUUUACAUCAAAGAAUGUUGGCAUCAAAUUUCUUUGCACAAGCUGAAGCUUUAAUGGUUGGUAAAGAUGAAGAUCAAGUUAGAUCAGAAGGUGCUACUGGAGGUUUAGUUCCUCACAAGGAAUUUUCUGGUAAUAGACCAACAACUUCAAUUUUAGCUCAAAAAAUUACUCCAGCUGCUUUAGGUGCUUUAAUUGCUUAUUAUGAACAUGUUACAUUUACAGAAGGUGCUAUCUGGAACAUCAAUUCAUUUGAUCAAUGGGGUGUUGAAUUAGGUAAAGUUUUAGCUAAAGUUAUUGGUAAAGAAUUAGAUGAUAAACAACCAGUUAACACUCAUGAUCCAUCAACUAGAUCAUUAAUUAACCAAUUUAAAGAAUGGGAAGAUUAA